UAAACUUUCUUCAGAGAACUGUGAAGAAAAACUUGGAAGCCAGCCAUGCUUCUGGGAUUGACACUGAAGCAGGCAGAAACACUGAGAUGUGGGAGUGGCAAGCAAGCACUGAAGUGGUACACCGUGUGGGCAGGCUCCUGAUAAGCCACAGAGCUCUUAUUCCUGCAGAGAAUACAUUUGAGCCACAUGGAAGACAUGCCUUUAAGCCACUCAGGCCCUCAAGGAACACACAGACCACCCUGGAAGCAAUGGCUCCUCUACUCACCAAUAGUUAUUUUGCUGUUUCUUUGCUCCUUCAGUACACUAAUUCUUACUUUUCUUCCACUCAAGACUGCCAGUGAGCCCUGUAUAGCUAAGUUCGGACCAUUUCCUUCAAAAUGGCAAAUGGCAUCUCCUAAGCUUCCUUGUGUGAAUAAUACAGCUGACUGGAAACUGAAGAUACUUCGAAAUGGCUUGUAUUUAAUUUAUGGCCAAGUAGCUCCAAAUACAACCUACAAGGAACAAGCUCCUUUUGAGGUGCGGCUGUAUAAAAACAAAGACAUCAUACAAACUCUAACAAACAACUCUACAAUUCAAAAUAUAGGAGGGACUUAUGAACUGGAUGCUGGAGAUAUGCUUCACUUAAGAUUCAACUCUGACCAUCAGGUCUUAAAAAAUAAUACAUACUGGGGGCUCUUACUGCUAACAAAUCCCCAAUUUAUUUCCUAGAGACUCGAUUUGGCCACCUCAUUGUCUUUAGCACAUGCAGAGAGCUGAUGGGUGGGUUAAAGGAGGCAGAUUUUCAACAUCCACAGUUUGUCUGGGUGCACAAAUCAACAUAUACAGAACUCUUCUCUGCAUGUGAGUUUUCAUCUCUCAAGCUUAACUGAAGACAGGCCAGCAACAUUUGCUUACCCCUGACACUGGGUCUACAAAAACACUUUACUAAUCCAUGAUAAAGGACUGGAGGACAGAAGGUUCUCAAAGAGUCUUUGCCUAAUUCUUAAAUCCUUGGAUGGAAAAAUUGUCUUAUACACCUGGGAACCUUACAUGGUAUGCAAAAAAGAUUCAGGGCAAUGGCUUGGUCUUGCUCUCAUAUUCUAGGGCUGCUUCACCUUAUUCUUCCCAUACUCCUAUCUUUUGAGGCCCUCCUAUUAAAAGUAGUCAGACUGGGAGAGUGGCCACAGAUAUGCCAACAAUACCCCACUUUAGAUGUGAUAGUGUUAGAUGAUAGGGAAUAGUAUUGUCUACUGGGACAGAGGCAUAGGUGGCUGGAAUGGAUGCACUUUACUUGGAAACCUCCCUUGAUUUCAUCAUAUUCAGGAUGCAGAGUGCUUUAUAAAACCAGUUAGUCAAAGGAUUCAUUCUGAACCUUCACAGAGGGCUCCGGGGAACUUGAUUAUUAUGUCUAAAUGUUGUCAGUGGUAAAGAAAGAGUGAUCAUUAGUAAUCAUAAAAAUUAAUCCCCAGAAAUGGGUAUCAUCAGUACUGCAUUAUAUCACAUAAGAGUUUCAUGUUUUUAGCUGGCUCUCCACAGCUUGCCAAGUGCCUUCCAUAGAUCACAAGGAAACUCUAUGAAGCUAAGAGGGCAGGUAUUUUUGGCACAAUUUAAAUAAUGAAAAUAUAAAGGCAGAAAGAACAUCAGUAAUUUGCCUCAACCCAUAGAACUAGAGAUUAAUAGUGAGUUUCCCCAAUGUCUCAUACUGCCUCAGCUUAAGAGUGGAUAUUUCAGCUAUCAUAUGUCUAUAAAGUUUAGCAGAUUUGAUUAUCAGAAGAUCUAUUCUCUUUCAUCCCAAGGUGGGUAGAAUAAAGCUAUAACACAUCUCUCAUUUCUUAGCAAAUUUUUCCUUCCCUGCUUGAAGCAGAAAGCACAUGGGUAUUGCUCAGGGCUUCCUUCAAACAAAUCCCCUUGCUGCCUUGAUCAAAUGUGUUAACUUCUGAAAAUAAUGAAUAGCAUUAAAUUUAGUAACAGUCUGCUAAAGUUUUAAACUCUGUUAAAUUAAUUAGAUGUUUGUGGAUUCUUGUUGAUAGGUAUGUAAUAUGACUAUAAGAUAACCCAAUUUAAAAUAUUUAUGGAUAUUUGUAAAAAGCUACAUUAUACUAAUUAAUACUAUUACAUAUAAAGCUAAUUUAAAAAUAUUUGUAUCGUGUACAAAAAAAAAUUGCUCAGGCUAAGCCUAAGGCCAAAAAAAAAAAAUCUGUUGAGUAUGGCCAAAGACCUGGAUACCUUG